ACCUAACGUACACCCACUCGCAACCCCGUAGAGACGGCGGCCGUCACUAUAAAAAUCUGCACCCGAAGCUCGCGACUCGAACUCUUCCGAUCGCACGGUCAGUCGGCGCUCGUGGUUGUACCUAUAGAAAACAACAGUAGCCUACAAUAACAAAUUAUAUUAUACAUUUAUACGAUUUGCUUUUCUUCCGUUGCUAUACACAAAGACGAUGGCAGGUAAAUUGUCCGUGUUGUUUCUCGUCGGAUUCGUGGUCGCUGUGGUCGUCGCCCCGUACAUGAUGGCAGAGGCAAGAUACCUACCCACCCGAGGAAAUGACGACCGGUUGACCAGAUUGAAAGAACUGUUGACGGAUUUAUUGGAUUCAGGCGCGCAACCAAACUUGGAGAUGGAAAGACCAUACGUGGACGUGAACGGUGAUUUUAGUAGACUAAGACCUAGAGAAUACAACAUACCUGAAAAGUCAAUAAUGGAACUAUUCAACCCGACAGUGCCACACCAUCAGAGGCCUAGGUCUUAAAGAUGCGAAACUAAUUUUUAAUUUAAAAAUAUACAUAUAAUAUACAAUAUACAUAUACAAACUGUCUUAAGUCCGUUUGUUUUUUUCCAUUUAAGUUAUUUUAUCGCUUUUUCAAGCCAAAUAAAUAUUAUUAUAUCUAUACCUUUAAUAUUUUUCGUCACAAAAUAAAAUGUAGUCUGUAGAUAUUACUGCGUGAACAAUCUAUUUUCCUCUUAAAAAUGUAUUAACUAAAACUGUAAGUUUGAAUGAUAUAUCUUAUGUUUGAAAUUUGAAUUGUUCCACAUGUUAAUGGAAAAUAAAUAAACGUUCGCUAAAAUAA